AUGACAGCGAAUCCAAAUCAAACAGUCAGAUCAGCCAGCCAUUCCAAAGCCAAUCAAGGAUUUCGUAGCAAAAAGAAACAUCAUAAAACAACCAACACCAAUGACGAAUCCAACCAAGCUGGAGGGGUGAUUGAUCACAUCCAGGACUCUGAUGACGAAAACUUAAAGGUGAAAAAAUUGGGGAAGAAAAAAAGUAAAUUUGACAAUAUCUUUGACUACUUCAACCCCCCAUUUCAUGCCAAAGAGACCAAUACCGUAAGUGUUUCAAUCCAGCUUCUUGAAAUCAUCUGCAAUCACUAA